AUGGCGGGAUCCACCAGCGCCCGCACGUCGUUCUUCUCCAACAGCGGCCUGGCCCACAUGACCAAGCUCCGCCGUGUGGCGUCCAGCGCCCGCCGCCCCGUGAUGAGCUCCAGCAGCAGCACACCGAAGGCGUAG